UUAUGCUUUCAACAAUUCUUCCAUUCUUCAUAUUUCUCCUUUUCGUUGCUUUCCCUCUUCUAUUUCCUCCAAAAAGAUUGCAACUUUGUUCUUCUGGGUUGGUUUUGUGUGACUCUUGCGUACCAAAUUCCUUGCUUAUCUGUGAAAACAGUGGAUUUUUGUGGGAUGAGGGUUUUAUCCAUUAUACUUGGGAGCAGGGAUUGAUUGGGAGGUCACAUCCAUGUGUUUGUUCUUGGGUUUGCUUUGAAGGUAAGGCCUCUUUUUAAUAAAGUGUUGGAUCAGAUGUGUAGUAUGUGCCAUUAUUGCGGUGCAGACGUGAUGGAAUCAAAUGAUGACAACAGGAAACAGGAAAAUGACAGUAGUUUAAAAUUGAAUGGUAAAGUUCCCUUAAGACCUUGUAAAUUUUGUGGAGAGAAGCUACAACAAGAAAAUGUGAAAUGGCAUAGUACAAGUCCCUAUGCGACAACCCAUAUCAGUCCAGUUACAUCAUUGUCAAGUACUGAUAGCUGCGUCUCCACUUGCAGUGAGUUUUCCGUCGAUGUGAACUCAUGUAACAGGAAUAGUCGAGAAGAAAGUACAGAUGAAGGUGUUAUGGAAGAUCUUGAUCAUAAGUUGAAUGGGAAAUCCCAAGAAGUAAUGGAAAACAAUUUCCAAGAAAACAAUAAUGACAAUGAGGGUUAUACAGUGAGAGAUGUGGAGAUUGGACAAGGACAUAACUUUCAAGAAGCAAAAGUUGAUGGUUCUGAAGAUCCUACUGCAUCCUCUGUCGAAGAAACUGAAUAUUCUCUUCCUUAUGAUUUGGAUAUCCAAACUUGGGAACCUCCUGAGCCAGAAAACCCACAGGAUGAUAUGGAUGAUAGUGUGACUUGCGAUGAUGAUGAUGAAGACCAGGGAGUUGAGAUUGCAAACUGGGGCGAGCCAACAUCUAUGAGUAGUUCUAAGGAUGAAUUAAGUGGGAGCUGCUAUAGGUUCAAAGAGGAAAAACAAAGAGCAAUGGAAGAAGUAAUGAAUGGGAAAUUCAAGGAAAUUGUAGGUCAGCUUCUUAUAUCUGUGGGUGUUUCGUCUUCUGAUGAAGGUGAUAAGAGUUGGGUGGACAUAGUUACAUCCUUAUCUUGGGAAGCUGCUUCUUUUUUGAAGCCGGAUGCUAUUGGAGGUAAUCCUGAUAGAUAUGUUAAAAUGAAAUGCAUUGCAGCUGGUUCUCGCAGCCAAAGUCAACUUAUCAAAGGUUUGGUCUUCAAAAAACAUGCUGCUCACAAGCAUAUGCCAACUAAGUACAAAAAUCCAAGGUUGUUACUGAUAAGCGGCAUGAUUGGCCAUUCUAUGAAUGGGCUGUCUUCAUUUGACUCCAUGGACCAGGAGAAAGACUAUCUAAAAUCUAAAAUGGAUCUUAUAGAAAUGUGCCAUCCAAAUGUUAUAUUAGUGGAGAAAACUGUUUCUCGUGAUAUACAAGAGUCAAUUUUAGCAAAGGGAAUGACACUAGUACUUGAUAUGAAGCUUCAUCGACUGGAAAGAGUUGCACGUUGUACUGGUUCACCAAUUCUAUCAUGUGAUGAUUUGAACGGUCAAAAGCUAAGAUACUGUGACUUUAUUUAUUUUGAGAAGAUUGUGGAGGAACAUGCUGGUGCUGGUGAAGGAGGAAAGAGGCCCAUCAAGACCUUGAUGUUCAUUGAGGGCUGUCCUACACGUUUGGGUUGUACGAUUUUGCUUAAAGGAUCACACAGUGAUGAACUGAAGAAGAUCAAAUGUGUCAUGCGGUGUGCAGUUGUCGUGGCAUAUCACUUAAUCCUUGAGACCUCCUUUCUUGCUGAUCAGAAAGCAAUGUUCUCUACAAUUCCUGCUGUGAAAGAAGCACAUAUCUUGCCAAAUAAUCAAGAAUCCCAGGAUUCAGCAUCCGUUGAUUCAAGCAUUCCAUCUCUCGUGUCUUCUGCUGAAAAUGGAACAGUUAGUACUGAUAUCCCCAUAUGCAAUGGUCAUCAGGAAAAAAGCACCAAUGAUUUAAACUUAGAAUGGGAACAGUUUUCCCCAUUUUCUUAUGAACCAUAUAAUCCAGCUGUCUUUUCUGGGUUGUCAGCUAUUUCAUCUUCUCUGAAGAAAGUUAUGGGGGACAGUUUUCCCUUUGCAUCUUAUGCUCCUUAUCAGUCUCUAUCAGCAUACUUUGGCUUAAAUGGAAGGAAACCUCCGGAGGAAGAUGGAUCAAUUUCUAUUUUAGACUCUCCGGAGGAAGAUGAAAAUACCAGGAUCGACGCAGGAUAUCAUUCUAAUGAAGUAAAGCUACUUGAUGGACAAUCCCUGUCUUUGCCUGUGUGCUUAGAUUCCAAUGGGGAUAUAAGUAAAGAUGAUGAUCAUGAUAGAAAAGAACUCCAAAGUAAAGAUGAUAUCAAUGCAGUGUUGGAUUCUCAGAGUAUUUUGGUCUUGAUGUCUAGCACGAAUGCCUCAGGAGGGACUGUAUGCCAGCAAAGUCAUUUUUCUCAUAUUAUGUUCUACAAGAAUUUUGAUAUUCCACUUGGAAAGUUUUUGCAGGAUAACCUGCUAAAUCAGACAAGACUUUGUGACACCUGUCAAGAGUUGCCAGAAGCUCACUUUUAUUAUUAUGCUCAUCACAAUAAACAGCUUACCAUACAAGUUAAACGAUUGCCCCAGGAAAAAAGUUUGCCUGGGGAGGCAGAAGGGAAAAUUUGGAUGUGGAGCCGUUGUGGAAAAUGCAUGUCUGGUUCUACAAAGAGAGUGUUGAUAUCUACCACUGCCCAUAGUCUAUCGUUUGGGAAAUUUUUGGAACUUAGCCUUUCUCAAUAUUCUUUUAGCAGAAAAUUGUGCUGUGGCCAUUCUCUUGAUAGUGAUUUUCUCUACUUCUUUGGAUUAGGUCACAUGGCUGCAAUGUUCAGAUAUUCUUCUGUAACCACUUAUACUGUGUCUUUGCCUCCUCAAAAGCUAGAGUUCAGUGGUGCAAUAAGACAAGAGUGUCUUUUGAAAGAGACUGAGAAUGUGUACAUGAAAGGCGUUUCACUCUUCACAGAAAUCGCAAACUAUUUGAAGACAAUACGAUUUGAGGGAUCAAUCUUGAACCUUGGAGGAUCAAUAAGAGAGUUCUCUGAGGUCGAGAAGAUGUUAAAGCUGGAGCAAGAAGAGUUUGAGGCAAACAUCAAGAUUGCUGUUGCUAAUAAAGGGGAUCCAGACCGGACUGCCUUCAAACUUCUCUGGCUAAACCGAUUGAUGUGGGAUCUUCUGAUUGAAUCCUGUGUGUGGGAUCGACGCUUGUACUCAUUACACUCGCCUGAUCAUUUAAGAAUUGAAUCUGAUGUCUCUGAGAAAGUUAUGCAAAAUGGCAAUGUUAAUGGGGUUGCCAAUGGAAAAGUUAUGUCAGACACAUCUAUGGAAGUAAAUGAACUCCCAAUAAAGGAAAUUCCUAUUCGUGGACCCCUUCUAGAUUGCAAUGAACAGGAUGAUCCAUCUAAUACUUCUGAUUUCCCACAGAAUGUGAAGAUACCAAUUGUUGAUGAUUUGAGAUCAAAGAGAUCUUCUGACCAAAAGUUGAACUUGAGUCUAGAUGUUUUCACUCAGGUCCCUUCAGCAGAUGGUAAUUUCCAGCAAAAGGAUUUUGUUUUAUCAAAUCAUCUUCAAGUACAUGAAAAUUUUCCAGUUUCUACUGAUUUUCAAUCUGGUCCUCCUGUUGCUGAUUUAAAGGUAUUAAACAAGAGUGCUUCACUGCAUUCACCAGUUUCCACCUUUCUGGAUUCAAAUGAAUGGUUCUGGAAGCCAUUUGCUGACAUUCGGCAGAUAGGUAUAAGGGAGUUUCAGAAAAAAAUAUUGCCGAAAUUUGAAUCUGUAAGCAGCUCUAUGACAGAAUACCUGCCCACAGCCAAUCAAUUAAUCACUGAGGAAGGUGCAAGGUUGCAUGUCCCUCUCAAGACAGAUAAUCAUAUUGUGUCUGAUUUCGACUGUGAACCCUCGAGCAUGAUUGCUUGUGCACUGGCCUUCUUGAAAGAUUCUUCUGAGGUGACAGGAGUUGAUAACGAGGAUGAUAGAAGAGAAAGUGGAAUAGCUACCAAAUCAACAGAAAGUAUUUCAGAUUCAGAUUCUGUGCUUUCUACAGGAAGCACUUCUUCAGAAGAGUCACGAGCCUCUCGUGCUGCAGAGCACCAUAGUGUAGAGAUUGCUAUGGGAUAUGCAAAAUCACUUGGGAGGGAAAAGUAUUCAGUGAUUUGUCAUUUUGUUAAGCAGUUCCGCGAACUUAGGAAUUGGUGUUGCCCAUCUGAGCUUGAUUAUAUCGCUUCUUUAAGCCGCUGUAGGAAUUGGGAAGCUAAAGGUGGAAAAAGCAAGUCUCUAUUUGCAAAAACACUUGAUGACAGGUUCAUCAUAAAGGAAAUCAAGAAGACAGAACUUGAUUCAUUUUUGGGAUUUUCUUCUCUGUAUUUCAAACACAUGAGAGAGUCAUUUGAGUCUGGGAGCCAGACAUGUCUUGCUAAAGUCUUGGGAAUAUAUCAGGUUACUAAAAGACAUAUCAAAAAUGGAAAAGAGGUUAAACAUGAUCUCAUGGUGAUGGAAAAUCUUACCUACAAUCGAAAUAUUACUCGCCAGUAUGAUCUUAAAGGUGCCCUUUUUGCCCGGUACAAUUCUGCUGGUGGUGGUGCUGGAGAUGUUCUUUUGGAUCAGAACUUCGUGAAUGACAUGAACUCUUCUCCAUUUUAUGUCAGUCAUAAAGCAAAGCGUGUUCUUCAACGGGCUGUUUGGAAUGACACAGCUUUUCUCAAUAAUAUCAAUGUGAUGGAUUAUUCCUUACUUGUUGGAGUAGACUCAGAGAAGGGCCAGCUGGUUUGUGGGAUCAUUGAUUAUCUGAGGCAGUAUACCUGGGACAAGCAUCUUGAGACAUGGAUGAAGUCUUCACUUGUUGUGCCCAAGAAUGUGUUGCCAACAGUAAUCUCUCCAAAAGAAUACAAGAAGAGGUUCAGAAAGUUUAUGUCUACACAUUUUUUGAGUGUUCCAGAUCACUGGUGUUCACAGAAAUCCCCCAGUCCUUGCAAACUUUGUGGCACAGGGGAAGAUGGCCCUUCCCAACAAAAACCAUAGCACAGGGGUGCCAAAUGGUUUCUCUGCCCAUAUCUUUUGAUUUAAAUUUCUUAAAUUAUUUAUUCAAAUUUAAAAUUUAUGCAACUAGUUAGCACUGUAUAUAGGACAGUCAAUAUUGUUUAUAAACCUACCCCUGCUAUUCUGCGAUUUUUAGCGAAUUUCUAGGGAUGUUGUCUUUUAUACAGGUCCAUCCUAUCUAGCAUGAGAUGAGUGUAUUUUUGUAAAGCCUAAGGAAAAAUGUAAAGGUUUAUUUUGAGUCAAUGAAAAGUGCAGUUGCUGGCUUGCCAAAA